GCUUACCCUGAGCAGCCUGCUCAGAAACGCCAGCGCUACAACCAAAGAAGCAAUGAAUCUGCCAAGUUCCUUGGCAAACCAGUUUGCCGUCGGGCCUUGGCGGCCUUGCUGGGCAUUGGUGGGUCCACGCUGCAGCGGCUACGGGGCGGAGAGUCGGCAUACACACAGAAUGCUCGGAAACCGUUAGCCAAACAUCCAACAUUUGGCUUCGCCAUUCGUGGCGAGACAGGUCAUGAGGACGUUGACCAGUACUUUUCACAGAUAGCGUCGUACCUCACACCUCAAGAAUUCUCCACUCCACAGGAUGUAGUGGAGCUGCUGGAUAGUGCUACACGCCCCGACCGAGAGGCCGAUUCGUUUCGGAAGCAGGCACAGCGCACAAAGGUGCACACUCACACUUACAAGUUGGAUGAAGUGGCGUGUUGGCAAGAUUGGUCAAAAGCUGCCACACGAGACAGUGUUUCAGGAAAUGUGGGACAGCUUCGCUUUGCACUCCGGCAAGAUCUAGACCCUGCUUCCUUUGGCACCUGCGAAAUUGAGGAACUGCGCCGACACGAACCACAUGGGUUUGAUGUUCUUCUCCUGGCAAAAAAAUUCAUGGCUGACGCAUCUCCUUUCAGAGUGAUUUGCCUAGUGCCAGCAGAGGUUUGCGUGCGUAUGAGGGCUUCUUUCAUUCAGCCCUCCGGAGUUGCUGAUCGAAGGGCUAUUUCAGAGAAGUUGAGAAAGAAUUUGUUGAAGAAAGCGCCAGCUUGCCGGAAACAAGGUUCUAUUUCAACUGAUGCGGAAUCGUAUCUGAUCGGUUGGGCCCAGGGUACUUGGCCCAGAGUUGCGCGGCCAACAAAGUACAACUUCUUGGAACUGAGACGCUUUGACAUACCAAAU